CCUAAUGCACGCACACAAGCUCUGUGCCAUUACAGUCCUGGGCCUGCAUACCUACACACUUCUGCGCGCUUGGUGGAUUAUUUUCCUGGCACUUUUACGCGUGCCCUCGAUUUCUGCGGAGUUGACGAACUGUUGCUCUGAAUCAAUGCUCUCAAUCAGGACCAAACCCAGCGAACAACUGCACGAGACAUUUGUGCGUGAUAGUUAACUAGGCUACAACAGGAAGCUUUCGUGCGGUGAUGGCGGGCUGCUGUAUGUCCGCAGAGGAACGCGAGAAGCAGCGCAUCAACCAGGAGAUCGACAAACAGCUGCGCAAAGACAAGAAGGAUUCGCGGAGGGAACUCAAACUACUGCUACUAGGCACUGGUGAGAGUGGGAAAAGCACGUUUAUAAAGCAGAUGCGGAUCAUCCAUGGCACUGGCUACAACGACGAGGACAAGCGCAGCUUUAUAAAGCUGGUCUUCCAGAACAUCUUCACAGCCAUGCAGUCCAUGCUGCGGGCCAUGGAGACAUUGCAAAUCCCUCUGGCUGAUUCCAGAAAUGAGGGGUAUGUUCAGAUGGUGUUAGAUGUGGAGGUGGACAAGGUCCAGACUCUGGAGAAUGGCCAGAUAGAGGCCAUAAGGGCCCUGUGGAAUGAUGGCGGUGUCCAGAUCUGCUACGAACGCUGCAGGGAGUAUCAGCUCUCAGAUUCUGCCAAGUACUACCUAGGUGAUUUGGAACGUAUAGCUAACCCAGGCUACUUGCCGACCCAGCAGGACAUUCUGAGAGUCCGUGUGCCAACCACCGGCAUAAUUGAGUACCCAUUUGACCUGGAGAAUGUCAUCUUCAGGAUGGUGGAUGUCGGGGGUCAAAGGUCAGAGCGCAGGAAGUGGAUCCACUGCUUUGAGAACGUCACGUCUAUCAUCUUCCUGGUGGCGCUCAGCGAGUAUGACCAGGUGCUUGCUGAGUGCGAUAAUGAGAACCGUAUGGAGGAGAGUAAGGCCUUGUUUAAGACCAUCAUCACCUACCCGUGGUUCCAGCAGUCAUCGGUCAUUCUCUUCCUCAACAAGACAGACAUUUUGGAGGAGAAGAUCCAGCACUCCCACCUGGGUAACUACUUCCCAGAGUUCAACGGCCCUAAAAAUGACCCAAAGGCAGCUCGCGAGUUUAUCCUGCGCAUGUAUCAGGAGCAGAACCCUGACCGGGAGAAGACCAUCUACUCUCACUUCACCUGCGCCACCGACACCGAGAACAUCCGCUUUGUGUUCGCCGCUGUCAAGGACACCAUCCUUCGGCACAACCUGAAGGAGUUCAACCUUGUCUAACACAAACAUAAAAUCAUCCAAGAUGUCACCCUCAGAGAAACAACUUUAAAGCACAACACAUUUGGAAUGUUCAAUCAAUUUGAUUUAAAUUCAUGCAUUUAUAUUGAGCCAUUUUACGACCGUCAUUCAAAUUCAUUCAUUUAAUAUUGUGCCAUUAAUAGGCUUUCUGUCCAAGUGCUUUACAGGGCCAGACCUGUACCCCUUUAGAGCAAGCGCAAGGUGGCAGCGGGAAAGACAAACUCCCUCUGAACAGGAAGACACCUUGAGCAGAGCCCAGCCCAGGCCAGCCCAUCCACCUGCUGAAGGCUGGGCCAGUAGAGUAACAGAGUUGAAUAAAGAGAAGAGGCAGAUAAUUCAUAGAAAAGAAACAAGCACAUGCUUUAGACGUACAUUAUGUUGGAAGACAUGGAGAUGAUGUACGUACAUCAGGUGUACUUACAGGAUGUAGGGUGUAGAAAGGUAUACCAUGCUAGCAUUCAAACACAAUGGUUUUACAACAUAUUUAAGAUCUUUAUGUACAUCGAGAGUUCCAGUUAAUAGCACAAGCAUAUUACUGUGAUCAUAUAAGCAGACAAUGGGUAGUUUGACGGGUAAUUAAAAUGCGUGUGAUGCAUUGUAGGAAAUGUGUAGAACUCUGGGGCAAGAAAUUAUGUGCACCCCCACGCACUCAUUUCACCUGCUGGGUUCAAUGUGGUAUGUAGAUGAGGUAGCAUGUGUGUAUGUGUAAGAAACAAGAAACUGUUCUUCCAAGUCAUGAUCAUCUGAUGGAUGAAGUUUACAUUUUGUAUGCAUUCAUGAAUCAUGACAUUUUUAUCUAGUGAGUUUAUUCCAUUCAGCUAAAGAUUCUGUGGCAGAGUUGAUACUGUGAGGCUGU